AUGAAUUUCAAAUCGUUUAGUCUGUGCGGUUUGCUGCUGCUGGCACUAGGCUGCUAUUCAGCUGUCGCCUAUCAAGUUGGUUUAGGUCGUGCCGAUGUUACUGGUCCACCGGUUGAAAUAAAUUUUAUGGGUUAUGCCAAUAUCAAACAGGUUGGUCGUGGCAUACAUUUGCGACAAUUCGCCCGUGCAUUUGUUGUUGAGGACAAUAACAGAAAACGUAUGGCCUAUGUAUCGGUGGAUGCCGGUAUGAUGGGUUAUGGUGUUAAGAGGGAGGUAAUUAAACGCUUGCAAACACGCUAUGGAGAUGUUUACCACAACGAUAAUGUCAUCAUCAGUGGAACUCACACACACGGUGCCCCCGGUGGUUUCCUCAUGCAUCUGCUCUAUGAUAUUUCGAUUUUGGGUUUUGUCCCUCAAACAUUCGAGGCCUUGGCUAAUGGUAUCUAUUUGAGUAUCAAACGUGCCACCGAAAAUAUGGUCGAGGGCAGAAUCUAUCUGUCACGCACCACUGUCUUGAAUGCCAACAUCAAUCGCUCACCCACCUCCUAUUUGCGUAAUCCACCCGAGGAAAGAGCUCAAUAUGAACACGAUGUUGACAAGGAAUUGACCCAACUACGUUUUGUCGAUCGUGAAGAAAAUAUUUUGGGUGCCUUUAAUUGGUAUGCUGUGCAUCCCACUUCGAUGAAUAAUACCAAUCAAUUGGUAUCGAGUGAUAAUAUGGGAUACGCCUCGUUGAUUUUGGAAAAGGAAUAUAAUGCCAAUAAGGUUCCAGGAAAGGGUAAAUUUGUUGGUGCAUUCUGCUCAGCUAAUUUGGGUGAUGUCUCACCAAAUAUUAUGGGUCCCAAGUGUUCGUUGAGUGGCAAUCCUUGCGAUUUGUUGACCUCGAAAUGUCCCCCCAAAGAAGGUGAAUGUUUUGCAUCGGGUCCCGGUCAUGAUAUGUUUGAGAGUACAAAGAUUAUUGGUGAACGGUUAGCCGAGGGUGCAUUGCGUCUUCUCAAUGAAGCCAGCCAAGAGGAUUAUAGCGGACGUGAGGUUACUGGCGACGUCGGAUGUGUUCAUCACUUCAUUGAUAUGCCCAAUUACAAUGGCACUACCUACAAUCCAAUGACCAGGAAGAUUGACAAAAUUCGUGGUUGUCAACCAGCUAUGGGUUACAGUUUUGCUGCCGGUACUACUGAUGGUCCUGGUGCAUUCGGUUUCGAGCAGGGCACAUUGACUGACAAUCCCAUGUGGAAUUUGGUGCGUGAUUUUAUUGUUCCCCCUACCCAAGACGAUAUUGCCUGUCAUUCACCCAAACCAAUUCUAUUGGCCACUGGUAGAGCCACCUUCCCCUAUGAAUGGCAACCGAAAAUCGUACCCGCCCAAGAAUGUCACAUUGGCGAUUUAGUUUUGGCUGCUGUACCCGGCGAAUUUACCACCAUGGCUGGCAGACGUUUGCGCAACAAAGUUCGAGCAGUAGCUGCUGCCACUGGAGGCAAAGAUGUGGAUGUCCUUAUCGCCGGUCUUUCCAAUGUUUACUCCAGUUAUAUUACCACACCUGAAGAAUAUCAGGCACAACGUUAUGAGGCCGCCUCGACCAUUUUUGGACCCAAUACCCACACAAUUUAUAUGGAUGUUUUUGAACGUUUAACCAAGGCUUUGUUCAGAGGUGAAACUGUUGAACCUGGACCUCAGCCACCUUACAUGAAUGAUCGUAUGUUAUCCAUGAAUACUGGUGUCAUUUUCGAUGGUCAUCCUUUGGAUAAAGAUUUUGGUUAUGUCAAACAACAACCAUUGAAACAUUAUAAGAUCAACGAUACCGUUCAUGUAACAUUUGUGGCCGGCAAUCCUCGUAACAAUUUGUUCCACGAGAAGACCUAUUUGACUGUGGAAAGGAAAAUCAAUGAAGAACGUUGGAAGGUGGUGCACACAGAUGCCAGUUGGGAUACUAGGUUCAUUUGGGAACGCACCCAUUUAAUUUUGGGAUUCAGUGAUGUCCACAUCCAGUGGAAAAUCGGCCCGAACACCUUGCCCGGUGAAUAUCGUAUACGUCAUUUUGGCAAUUACAAAUACAUUUUGGGUGGUAUCUUCCCUUACGAAGGCCAGACACAUUCAUUUACCGUAACGGAAGAUUAAAGC